AUGGGCAAAAAGCCGCCCCCCGAGACGCCCGAGGAGAAGGCCGCGCGCAAGCAGGCCGAGGCGGCGCGCUUUGGACAGGGAAAUCAAAUAGAGUCCUUGGUCGAGGCCGCGGGCUGCUCGUGCAAGGGACUGCGGUUGCGGGACGCGAUAAAGUCCGCUAUACUUGGCGAGAUCCCCGAGUUCUUCGAGAAGGACGAGGAAAGAUUAAUGAGACCUGUGCGCGCGCAGCUGCCGGCCUGGGACCCGAAGGACAAGACGCGGCGCAUGUUGGAUGAUUACUCGGAGAUCGUGUCGGAGUUGCGGCGCGAGGAGAUCAACCAGGACCGCGCGAACACGUUGCGCGUCGCGGGCCACGUGCAAAAACUCAUAAAAGGCCCGGGGCCUCCUUCGGUAAGAAAGGUCGACCUCAUAAAGAGGCACGCGCGGGGCGAAGGGUUGACCGUGCCCGAGUACUUGUCCGAGAAGAAGCGGGAGGACUCGAAGAAGAUUGUCAGGAAGCGGUUCAAGCUGAAGGAGCUCGGCAGGCGCAUCACGGCCGAGGCCAACGACCCGCGGCCGUCGCGCGACGAGGUGCGUAUUGGGGCCGAGGCCGUCAUUUUAUCACGCUUAGGAUCGCGGGCCAAGGCGUUGGCGGCGAAGCGGCUCAAAAAGGCGAAGCGCAAGGGGCUCGGGGCCAUGGUCCUGUCGGAGUUGGUCUAUUGCAGUCAUUUGGUGGGCUUCAACGACUUCCAGAUGGACAACCCCCUCAAGAUCGUGAGCGCGGACUUGUAUUGGGCCGGCGACCGGACGGCGCGCGACAAAGCUGAAUUGAUCAAGGCGGGCAUCACGCACAUUGUGAAUUGUUCUCAAAACAUACCGAACCGCUACCCGCGGCAGUUCGUCUAUUGCCGCGUCCGCGUGAGCGGGGGGUCCAAGGCCCGUCAAAACAUUUUGUACGAGGAGUACUGCAUGGCCGCCGCCUUCAUCAAGGACGCCUUGGAGUUGGGCGGUCGGGUCCUCGUCACGUGCGCCACGGGCUACGACAGUUCGGCCUGCGCGUUGCUCGCGUAUUUGAUCAAGGUGCGGGAAAUGCCCCUCGCGCCGGCCUACAAAGUCCUGAAGGUGCAGGAGCCGUUGCUUGAGCUAUCUAGGUCAAACACGCUCUUCAUCACGCUCUUUGAGAUCGAAUGCUAUAAGGCGACGUCCAUCCGAAAGCAUAAAGAUCUCGCGACGCCCGUCUUUACGCUCGUGCGCCAGUACGUGCCCUGGGAGCAGCCCGGGGGCCUCGGGAGCUACUACGCGUUCGGGAACGUGCAGAUGGCGUCGAUGCGCGAGUUCGCCUUCGGGCGCGCGCCGCUCGUCGAGCCGCGGAACCCGGCCGCGCCCAAGAAACGGCUGGCCAUACACAAGGCGGUGUAUCAUGGCGUCAAGGCCAUCUAUAUGAAGGUAAGGACGGGCCUGAAGGGCUACCAGGAGGCGACCACCACCGCUAUCUGCACCGGGCCCCUAGAACGACGGGAGCGGCGCCGCGCGGCGAAGCGGCGCAUCACGCACUACGACGCGACGCGCGACGACCCGCCGCGGCCCUGGCCCCGCACGCCGCGGGAGGCCACGCUCGGGGCGCAGGGCGCGCUCGUGCGGCCGCCGAGCGCCGGCGACGGCAAGGCGCGGCCGAGGAGCGCCGCGGCGGUCUUCCCCGACAUGGACGUCGGCUGGCAGGGCGUGCCGCGCCUCUCGCGGCCGCCGACGCUCUGGACCGCGCCUGAACAAAAGGCGAAACCCCUCGUGCGGCCGCCGUCGCGCCCGGGCAGCCGACGCAAGAAGGCGCGGCCCGCGUCGGCGCCGGCGGGGCGCCGCCGCCGCCGCGCGAAGGUUCAAUUGCUGGAACCGCUCCCGACGGUGCCGCAGGAUGCUGCCGCUUCAAUCGAGGACCGCGUCGACGGGCUCGUGGCCGUGCAGCUGCCGCCUCUCGCGGAGUCGUCCGAAAGUUUCCCGCCGACGCCGCAACUCUCCGCGCGGCCGGCGACGGCCGGCGGACGGUCGGCCGAGGCAUCGAUGGCCUCCGACUCGCUCUUGAGUUGGCAGCCGGGCCUGUUUCUCCAGCCUUCACUGGAAGAGUCGCUCGCGUCGCUGGCGUCCGAGGAAAGCGCGAACUACUGGGCGAAGCGGCGGAGCUCGCGCGACGACAAAACGGAGGGCGAGCUCUGCGCCGCGAUCGCCCGGCGGGACCACGACGCCUUCGAAAUGGGGGAAAUGAGCCUUGGCGAAGGCGACCGCGUCCUCGUGCUGCGCGAGGAGAUGUCGCGAGAACCGGGCUGGGUGUUUGCCACGUGCGGCGACGAUUGUGGAUACGUGCCGCGGAACUACCUCGUCCCCGAGGAUAUGCCGGCGUUGCCGUACGAGAGCGAGUCGACGGCGACGGCUAUCUCGGCGUCGGCGUUUUAUCGGAUGUAA